AUGACGAACUGGGUGUUUCAAGAGAGGUGGUGGAAUGUGGACAAGAUAGUGAAGUGUGCUAGAAACAAUUGGGCAGAGCUCAAUGUGAAGUUUGAUGAUGUGAAAGAACAGAGGAGUGGGGAGUGUAGAUCUGAUAGGGCAGUGAAGGAUGAGACUGAUCUGGUGUUGGAAACAUCUAGGGACUUCUCCGGGAGUUCAGUGGAGGCCAACAUUUCUGCAGUCUUAUGGGUACUGAGGAAGGCAACUGAACAUCACCUGAGGAAUAUCACAUGCAUUCUGCACUGCAAGAAAGCUAUUGACAUUCUGAACAAAUGGAAGAAGCAUGUGGAGUCUGAUGGUGAUGAUGCUUUGGAUUUCCUUUCAUUAUGUCAGUUGUUCAGUUCAUGUUCUUUCUACUUUGUUGAUUUAGUUUGUAAACUGGGUUUUGCCGGUAUCAACAACGAGAAAGAAAGAACCAAAUGGAAACAACAGCUAACUAUGGCUCUUGGCCCAGACAACGUCCUAAGUGUAGGAGAGAUUUUAUGA